AAUAAAAAUAAUGUAGCAAGUUUAACAUUUAUUAUUCUCGUUUUUCUUUCUUUCCUUUCUUUUUUUUUUACACUUAAAUGGGAAAUGCAACAAGUAAAGAGUUAUUAAUACGACAUAGUUUAAAUAGUCAUCCUGAUCAACUUCAGCAUAUCACAAUUGAUCUCUAUUCUACAGAUUCAAUAAACCAAUUAUUAAAGACUUAUUUUAUAAACCAGAAAUUGUCUGAUAUAUUAAAACAUCCAGCUUCAACUUUAUUUUCUACUACUUUGUUACUUUCUCCAAUAGAAAUAGAAAAAGUUACUAAUAAAGAAAAAUUUUAUUGCAGUCUUCUAAACCAACAACAGACAAUUGUGGUACGCGUUUGGGUUGCACAAUGUAAGCUCUAUGGCUUUGGCACCUCAAAGGAUCUUGACAAGGGCUUCCGCCUUCUCUACCAAUUAAAAGAUCAUCAAGAGUCUUGGUAUCCCCUUGGCUGUUAUUAUUUUGAUAAAAAGGAGGAUUAUACACAAGCAUAUCAUUACUUUAACUUACUUCGAAAGCAUAAUGACUUGGCCCAGUAUCGUCUAGCCCUUAUGAUGUUGUAUGGUCAAGGAAUACCACAGAAUCUUCAAAGAGGAUUUUAUUACUUGAGAUUAUCCGCCGAUAACAAUAAUAAGUAUGCACAGUUUAUUUUAGGCUUUUGUUACGAACAUGGGAUACUUGUCAAAUCUUCUAUGAGAGAAGCAAAAAAGUGGUACGAAAGAUCGGCCAAUCAAGGUUUUGCUGAGGCUCAAACACAUUUAGCAAAUUUGUUACUAAUAAUUCAUCCGUUAUUAACAAUGACAGUUAAUGCAGAAGAAAACGGCAUUAUAUCAAAGUUAUUAGCAAAUAAGUAUGAUUAUAUUAAAAAAGAAAUAUUAGAAUGGUUAGAAAAAGCAAAAGAUCAAAAUAAUGCAAAUGCGCUUAUUCGACUUGGCGCAUUAUAUGAAGAAGGCACAUUAGUUUUGAAGGAUACAGAAAAAUCAUUGAAAUAUUAUAAAAGAGCUACAAAGGCACCCUAUACUUCGUCUAGUAUCAAGGCUCUUGCACACUAUUUAGUCGGUGUCCACUAUCGUUCAAAUAAUCUCGAUAAUUCAUUAGCCUUUGAGCAAUUUUCAAUAUCUGCAGAAACAGGAUAUGCUCCUGCGCAACGUACUUUAGGGAUCAUGUACCUUGAAGGUAUAACUGUAUCUAAAGACACUAUCAAAGCUGAAAACUUUUUUCAGCUAGCAGCCUCCCAAGGGGAUAUACGAUCCAUCGGUUUCCUUAACGAACAACAACGAUCUGUUAUAUCACUGUAUGAAUACGCAGCUAAAGCAGGUUCACUAAAUGCUCAGCUCACUUUAGCUGAACUUCUUCAACAUGUUGGACAGCACUCCCUUGCUUACAAAUGGUUCAAAAUAGCGUCAAAAAAUACAUCUACUCAGGAUAGCAUAUUAGAUUUGCAUGUAGGAUGGAGGAUUCAACAAAAUACAGCACGUUUGAUGGUGGCCCGAUAUCAGUAUAAUGGAUGGGGUAAUGUCUCACAGGAUUGUGAUAAGGCCUUUAAUGAAUUCCGUACAUUAUCUGAGAAUGGGUUUUUUGAUGCCCAUUAUUGGUUGGCUGCCUGUUAUGAAGAAGGUGUUAAGGCAAAGGAUGGAAGUUGGUUAGUAAAUCAAGAUUUAGCAUUAGCAUUUGAUGUUUACGUCAAGUCAGCGGAAGCAGGGGAUAGAGAUGGGCAAUUUCAAGUUGCUUAUAUGUUAUCUAAUGGAGUAGGAGGAAUUGAAAAAAAUGUAGAGGAAGCCUUUGAAUGGUAUAUGAAAGCAGCAGAACAAGGGCAUAGAACAGCUCAGUAUAGUUUGGGUCUCUAUUAUGAAUAUGGGCUGGUAGGAAUCCCUGUUAAUUUAGAAAAGGCUAAAGGCUGGUAUACUUUGGCUGCACAGGAAUUAACAACAGCAAUGGUAAAGCUAGCUAAUGUAUUAAUCAAAAUGGAUAAUGCAAAGAUAUUAGAGGCUGUGAAUUGGUUAAAAAAGGCUAUUGAAAAAGGCGAUAUAAUCGCACUUCGUGAAUUAGCAAACUUGUAUAUAAACGGCUUGAUUGAUAAUCAUCACACAAUAAAAAAAUCUUCUUUAGAGCAUUUUCGAAUUGCAUAUAAUUAUUAUAAAACAGCAGCUGAUAAGGGUGAUGCUCUAUCUUGGUAUGCACUUUCAAAGUUCUUUGAAGGAGCCUAUGAUGCAGCAGAUGAGAUUGUUGUUCCCACAAAUUUAGAAAAAGCAAUUCAAUGUUUAAAGAAAGCAGAAGAACUUGGCUAUGAAGCGGCUGUCCUUGAUUUAGCUGAUUUAUAUUACCGAAACAAUAUGGUCCGCGAUACAAUGAAUAUAUAUAUUUCAUUGGCAAAUUCUUCAAAUAAUAUGUCGUAUAUUGCUAAUAAAGCAAAGAUAGAAGCAGCAAAGAUUGUGAUAUUUGAAAAUUAUGGAAAAGGAGCCGAUAAAAAACAAGCAUAUGUUUGGUUAAAAGACUGGCUCUCAUUUGCUACUACAGAAAAAUUACAUGAAGACAACACCACAAAAAGAUUACUUGUCGAGACUUAUGAAUUAUUAGGCUAUUGUUCUGAGCAUGGAAUUGGCACAGUAGUUAAUAAAGAAGAAGCCAUACAAUACUAUAUCAAAUGCGUUGAUACUGAAGAAGGAAAAGAAGAAAUUACAAAUGAAGGUUAUUCUUCAAUACAGCAACAUAAAAAACAUCAACAUUGGGCAAAACAACGUUCUUUAUGCCGGCUUGUCUAUCAUUCUAUGGAAAAAGAAGAUUAUCGAUCUGCAUUUGUCUAUUUGCAAUUGUUAAAGCCUGAUUUAGAUGAAAUGAGUAAAUUACAAUUCUCCGAUGCACAAUAUCAAGCACGUCGUAUGAAAUACUACAUAGGAUUUUUGUUAAUUCACGGGCUUGGAGUCAAAAAAUCUGUGCAUGAGAGCCUUAUCUGGUUAGGGGAUGCUGCAGAUGAAGGUGAUGGAGAUGCGGCUUACGAAUUGGGUUGUAUCUUAGCCCAGCAACAAGAUGAUGACCUUGAAAAUGAAGUACGGCAACGCUUCAAGCAAGGUGUAUCAGCAAAUCAUGCGGGCUGUAUGCGAGAAUUAGCAUUAAUUUUAUUAUCUGAUGAAGAGGGCUGUUUCUCUGGUGUCAUUACUGGCAAUGAAGAAAAAGAAGAUGCUGAAGGAACAGCUAAUGAAAUUAUUGAGCUAUUAAAAAAUGCUUCAAAGUUGGGUGAUAUUGAAUCUACUUAUCAAUUAGGGUACAUAUAUGAAAAUGGCUUCUUCCACAUAAUUCCAGAAAAGGAUAUUGGGAAGGCACUAGAUUAUUAUUUAAAAGCUGCUUCCCAAAACCAUGAACUUUCUAUAUUAAAGGCUGGUGAAAUAUUAGGUAGUAAUAGUCUAAACCAACAUGAAGAAGCCAUUCAAUGGUUUCAAAAGGCAGCGGCAAUGUAUGAUAACAUAAAGGCAAAAGUAAUGCUUAUAUCAUAUCGAUUUCAAGGUUUUUUUACUACUGAAGAUGAUCAUGAUGAUAAUAAAAACCAUGAACAAAGCUUUGAGAUACUUAAAGGCUUAGUUGAUGAAGGGCUUGCUAUCUUAGAAAUAGAAGCUAACAGUAGCAAUGAAUAUGAUGAAGAAGAAGACUGGGUGCAAAAGAGAAUACAAAAGGAAAAACUGGUAAUGAAAAAAGAGGGACUUGGUUUGGCUUUGUAUAUUUUAGGUCAAUGCUAUGAACUUGGAAAAGGAACCAAUGUCGAUCUGCAGAUAGCAAAGAAUUGUUACUAUCGUUCGAUUGAUAUAUCACAGCAUGUUGAUUCAAUGUGGAGAUUAGGUGUAAUAUAUAAUGAAUCAGAAAACAACGACAGCAGUGCACUCGAGUGGUUUCGUAAAGCAGUAGAAAAGGGAAAUCAUCGUGAGUCACAUUAUCAGUUAGGCUUAUUUCAUUUAAAAGGUCGAGGCGGCCUAGAAGCGAAUGUAGCAGUGGCGAAAAAACAUUUUUCAAAGGCAGUGGAGCAAGGACAUCCUCUGGCUACAUUUGAGUUAGCACAUAUUGUUUGGAAUAUACAUCAUGAUCAUCUGUACGCUUAUGAACUUUAUAAAGCGGCUGGUAAACAAUUACAUGUCCCAGCUGCUCUUCGAGAAUUAGGUCAUUUAUCGCAUACAGGGUUUAAUGUACAAAAUAUCCAAAUCAUUGAACAAGACCAUAAACAAGCCUUUGCAUAUUAUCGAGAAGCAGCCAAAUUGGGUGAUCCAAUAGGUGCCUUAAUGGUUGGUACCUAUUUUGAAGAAGGUUAUUUGAAAGAAGAAUUAGGACAAGAUCUUGAACGUGCGUUAGAAUGGUACGAAUCUGCAUACAAACUUAAUUGUGGUAGCUUAUCAGAAUUAGCUAUUGGAAAAAUAAAACACCUAAUGGCAAAUUUAGUUACAGAUAUAAAUCAGGCAGAGGAUAUGAGAGAAGAAGCAUUUAAAUGGUUUGAAAGAGUAGCCAAUACCAAUCAAUUAUCAAGUUAUAGUGUUAAAGCAAAAAUUAUGAUUGCACUCUAUUAUAUUAAUGGAUGGGGGCAUAGACCUCAUGAUCCAGAAAAGGGAUUCCAAAUGCUAUUAAGCAUUGAGAAUUGUUCUAAUAGUCUUGAAGCUAUCAUAGCUAUUGCCAAAUGUUAUGAAGAGGGAAUUGGUGUUGAAUAUGAUAUGAUGAAAGCUAAAGCUUAUUGGGAGAUAGCAGCAGAAAAAAAUAAUAAAGAAGCACUUGUAAGAUUAGGAGAUAUUUAUGAAUUAGGAUUAACGGGAACCAUUAAUAGAAAAAUGGCCAAUCAAUACUAUAAUAAAGCUAAGUUAAUAGAAUCAAAAACUAAAGAAAACCAAGAUUAUUAUAUCAGUAGACGAAAUUUGUAAUAAUUUGUACAUAAUUACUGCAUUUAGAAUUAAAAGCAUAAAAUAAAAUAAAAAAAAGCUUGGCAUCAAUUUAAAAAUGCUUUCUUAUUUCAGAAGUAAACAAAUGUCUAAAAAUCAACAUGAUUAUUAUUACUCAUUUACUUCACCACCAGUCCCAGAAGUAACAUCUUCUAAACCAGACCCUUCUCCAUCUGCUCCAUGUACAGAUACAGUAAUACCUCCUUCUUAUGAUGAUGUGUUUUCACCUUCUGGAUCUACAACAAAUCGUUCCAUGCCACCUCCUAACAAAUCUAAUUUUGAAGGCUACAUUUUAGACACUUCA